GAGCCGGUGACGUCUGCUCCGGCAUCGCCGAGGGAGAAGAACGGGCGGCAGAGCGCGGGGCCGGCUCCGGGCAGCUCGGGGGUCCCUGCCCGCCAUGCGCCCCCCGGGCCGGCCGGGGGGGCCGCCGGGGGCCGGGGGGCUCCGCUGAGCCCCAGCCAUGGGGCCGCGCCGGUGGCCGCUGCUCUGGGGCUUGCAGGCGGUGCUGGCGCAGGUCGCCGUGCUCACGGCGGGGCAGCGCCCGCAGGAGGGGUCCCCGCGGCCGGCGGGGUGGUCCCCGGCCCCCUCAUCCUCGUGGGCGCCCACCGCGGAGCCGGGAGCGCCGGGGGACGGCGAGGGCUCGGCGGCGGCGCUGGCGUUCCUGCGCACGGGCGAUGCCGAGCGCCUGGCCCGGGCCAACUGCAGCGGGGGUGUCGCGGCGGGGGCCCCCGGGCCCGGGCCCCCCCCGGCGCUGCGGGCAGCCCUGCGGGCCGCCCCCGAAGCGCUGGCCCACGCCGCCAACUUCCUCAACAUGCUCUUCCAGACCAACGACAUCCGCGAGGCCAGCGUGGCCGAGGACGUGGAGUGGUACCAGGCGCUGGUCCGCAGCCUGGCCGAGGGGCACCCGUGGGUGCGCAGGGCGGUGCUGGCCCUCGACGCCCACCCGCUGGCCCCCAAGCCCCGGCUGAUGCUGCAGGCCACGCGGGGGGACGGGCAGAUCCUGCUGCAGGACGUGUCCGACGCCGCUCCCAGCCUGGGCAACCUCAGCUGGGACCACGAGUGGUUCAACGCCCUCAAGUCGCAGCGGGUCCCGGCGCUCCGCAAGCGGGUGCUCAGCAACGACCUGCGCAGCCUGGAGACCCCCAAGUGGCAGCGGGGGGACAGCUACGUGGGGGACCCGAGCCACGUGCGCUGGUCCCCGCCGUUCCUGGAGUGCCGCGAGGGCCGCUUCCUGCCCCCCUGGGCGGUCACGCUCUCCGCCGCCUUCUACGGGCUCAAGCCCGACCUCAGCCCCGAGUUCAAGGGGGUCGUGCGGGUGGACGUGGAGCUGCGGGACGUGGCCAUCGACCAGUGCUCCAGCGGGCCGGGCUGGUUCUCGGACACGCAUCGCUGCGACCUCAACAGCACCCAGUGUGUCCCCCAGGAGAGCCGUGGCUUCGUCCUCGGGAGGUACCUGUGCAGGUGCAAGCCAGGUUUUUAUGGGACCGGCGGAGCGGCCAGCGGUGCCUGGGCAGGUGUGGCAGGGACAGACGGGGGGUCCCGGCUGGGGUGCCGGCCGUGCCGCCCGGGCUGUGCCACCUGUGAGGACGACACGCCCUGCCUGAUCCAGGAGGACCAGGCGCUGCGGGCAGCGGUGCUGGCGUGCCAGGCCUGCUGCAUGCUGGCCAUCUUCCUCAGCAUGCUCGUGUCCUACCACUUCCGACGGAGCAAGAGGAUCCGGACGUCGGGAAUCAUCCUGCUGGAGACCAUCCUCUUCGGGUCCCUCCUCCUGUACUUCCCUGUGUUCAUCCUGUACUUCAAGCCCAGCAUCUUCCGCUGCAUCGUCCUGCGCUGGGUGCGGAUGCUCGGCUUCGCCAUCGUCUACGGCACCAUCACCCUCAAGCUCUACAGGGUGCUGAAGGUGUUCCUGUCGCGCUCGGCGCAGCGCGCUCCCUACGUGUCGAGCGGGCGGGUGCUGCGGAUGCUGGCGCCCAUGCUGCUGCUGGUGCUGUGGUUCCUGGCGGCCUGGACCGUCGGCAUGCUGGAGAACGCCCGCAAGAACAUCCCGCUGGUCGUCCGCGCCCAGACCGGCCGCGGCCUCCGCUUCUCCAUCUGCGGCCACGACUGCUGGGAUUACAUGAUGGUCAUCGCCGAGAUGCUGUUCCUGCUGUGGGGCAGCUUCCUGUGCUACGCCACGCGCGCCGUGCCCUCGGCCUUCCACGAGCCCCGCUACAUGGGCAUCGCCCUGCACAACGAGCUCAUGGUCUCUGCCGCCUUCCACGUGGUCAGGUUCCUGAUUGUCCCCUCGCUGCAUCCGGACUGGACUCUGCUGCUCUUCUUCGCUCACACCCACGGCACCAUCACCAUGACCCUGGCCCUGCUCUUCAUUCCCAAGUUCCUGCACACGGGCUCGCCGCUGCGGGAGGAGAUCACGGCCGAGGUGUACGAGGACGAGCUGGACAUGCGGCGCUCGGGCUCCUGCAUGAACAGCAGCAUCGCGUCCGCCUGGAGCGAGCACAGUCUCGACCCCGAUGACAUUCGGGAGGAGCUGAAGAAGCUGUACCGGCAGCUAGAGGUGCACAAGACGUGGCGGAUGGCGACCAACAACCCGCACCUGGCCAAGAAGCGCAGCUCCCGCCGCAGCCUCGCCCGCUCCAUCCUGCGCCGCAGCGGGGCCGAGCUGGCCGAGAGCGCGUCCCGCCGCAGCAGCGCCGGGGACCGGGCGGGGCCCGCGUCCCGCCGCAGCUCCUCGGCCAAGCGGCUGGGGGAUGCCGCCGGGACCAGCCUGAGGAUGCGGGACGAGAGCUCCCGGCGCCGCUCCUCAGCCCUGCGCCGGUCCCGCAGCUCCGAGGGGCCCCCGCGGGAGCCCCGCCGAGGGUCGCCCGCCCCCAGCCCGCCCGAGGAGCCUCCGCCGGCGGCGGGGACGGACGCGGAGCAAUCCGACAGCGACUCGCUGGACGCCGCCCCGCUCCUGUGCAAAUCGGCCAGCGCCCAAAACCUGGCGGGGCCCUGGCAGCGUCCCCCGGGCCGCGCGCCGCCCCUGCAGAAGUCGCACAGCGUUGUCGCCGGGGCGCGGGAAGCGGCGCUGCUGGCCGCCCGCAGGGCCGCCCGCGACCACUGGCACGGCGGCCGCCACCUCUCCGCGCCCGCCCCGGCGGUCCCCAGCGACGCCGCGGCACCCCCGGGCCCCGCCGAGAGGGGCUCGCAGGGGGACGCGGCCCCGGCGGGCGAUGCCAAGGGGCACAAACAUGUCACCUACGCGCCCAUCAAGAGCGUCAGCGUUGACAGCGCCCACCCGGCCAGGAAGGUGCGGGUGACCGUGAAGAAAAUCCCCCCUCCGCCCCCCGUCCGCUACCAGAGCCUGCCGCGCUCGGGGACGCUCGGGGGCGGCCCGGAGCCACCCCCGGACCCCCCGGCACGGGCGGGAGAGGCGCAGGGGACAGCAGGGGACGACCCGCAGCGCGCGUCCCCGCCGGCAGGGAAGGGCAGGCUGCUGCCCCCGAGCGCCACCUCGGCGCACGUCUGUCCCUGGGAGCUGGUCCAGGACGAGAUCCUGGGCAGGAAACAAAAAGCGGCCGAGGCAGCAGAGUCGGGGACCCCCGGUGACACAGCGGCCACCACCCCCGGGCCCAAGGCGCCCCCCACGAAGAGUUUCCGGAGCCUGGGACUCGCCAUCAAAGCCCUCAACCGCUCCAGGGGGAAGAGCAUCCUGAAAGGGAAAAGCGAGGGCAGCCUCAGGAAGAGGGGCAGCAGCAGGAGGGAGAAGUUCGGCCUGGCAGAGGCCUCGGCCGUGUCCCUCGGGGCGGUCAGCCCGGACCCCGCUGCCCAAAGCCCCGAGGGGAGCGGGCAGAGCCUGGACCUGCCCGCCCUCCAGCACAACAACAACGCCGCCACCCCCGGGGAAGCCGCGGGCUGGGGGGACAGCGCGACGGGAGGACAACGGGACGGCCUGGCCGCGGGGACAGGCGAUGGGGACAAAGCGGCAGAGGAGCCCAGCGCUGCCCGAGGGGACGCGGGUACCGCUCUGGAGCCACCCAGCGCGGGCCACCAAGGAGCCGAAUGUCCCCCGGAGGUGGCACGGGUACAGCCUCAGGAACAGGACGAGGCUCCGGCGGUGGAUCUGAGGGAGGACGUUCCUGGGGUCGCAGCGGAGGAAGGGACGCUUGAGGAGCUCGAGGGGAGCAGCAGGUCCCUCCAGCUCCGGGAGCAGCCGGGGGAGAAGCAGCCGCCUGCAAAGCGCCCCCCGAGCAGCGUUCGUCCGCCCGGCUGGCUCGGAACGCCGGCAGGACGGGGAGCCUUGCUGCGCCAGCAGGCGAUCGCUCCCCGGGAGGACGGAGGCAUCCCGGAGAGCCCGGACAAGGCGCUGGAAGAGCGAAGCAGCCAGCCCGAGCCCGAGCGGGGCCCUGCAAGGAGCCGGAGCGGGGCCGGGAGCGCGCAGGGUGAGCGGGAUCCUCAGCGCUCUCCGGGCACGGAAAAACCACCAGAGCUGCCAAAAGCGGGCCCGGAGCAAGCGGAGGGCAGGAGGGCUGAGGUGUGCCCGUGGGAGAGCCGGGAACAGGGAAGGAGUGUCCGAGCAGAAAUCUGCCCCUGGGACGCAGAGGGGGCUCCGCCGGAGCAGGGAUCCCCCAAGUCUGGAGAAGGUGAGGAGCAGCCUGGGAUGGGGCUCGCGGGGAAACCCCCAGCUCUGCCCAAACCCUCAUCCCAGCGGGCUGGAACCACGGAGAGCCAAAAGGCCAACAUCUGCCCCUGGGAGGUGGAGGGUGAGCCGCGCCCAAAACCAGAGAUCUGCCCCUGGGAAGAGGCUGCAGCUCCGUCGGGGAAGGAGAGAGGGAGGCAGGACACGCGUGGCACUUCCAAAGGGGAAAGAGCACCGGAAAAAGGAAAGCAGCCCCCAGCCAAACCCCUGCCCAAAUCUCCUUCAGGGAGAUCCCAGAGCUCGGAGAAGGCAGAGAUCUGUCCCUGGGAGUCUCAGGGCUCUAAAUCCAGUGACAGAGCUGAAAUCUGUCCCUGGGAGCUGGCUGAGCCUCAGCUGGAGAAGGGAACAGCCCCAGGAAAGGAGAGACUCCCCUCAAGAGGAGCCUCUAAAGCUCUGGAGAAGAGCAGCAAAGACCGAGAGUCCAUCUGUCCUUGGGAGAGCCUGGACACGGAGCAGCCUCUGGUCAAACCUCAAACUGGGAGCCCAGCACUGCCCACAGCAGCUCCAGGGAAAUCCCAGAGCUCGGAGAGCCUGAAGGCAGAGAUCUGUCCCUGGGAGAGUCAGGGCUCUAAAUCCAGUGACAAAGCUGAAAUCUGUCCCUGGGAGCUGGCUGAGCCUCAGCUGGAGAAGGGAACAGCCCCAGGAAAGGAGAGAUUUCCAAGAAAAGAGGAGACCAAGGCUCUGGAGAAGGGAAGAACAGAGAGGGAAUCGAUCUGUCCUUGGGAGAGCCUGGACACGGAGCAGCCCCCGGCCAAAUCCCAAACUGGGAGCCCAGCACUGCCCAAAGCAGCUCCAGGGAAACCCCAGAGCUCAGAAAAGGCAGAGAUCUGUCCCUGGGAGACUGAACCCAGCAGCAAAGCUGAGAUCUGUCCCUGGGAGUCUCAGGACAUUGAAUCCAGUGGCAAAGCCGAGAUCUGUCCCUGGGAGCUGGCUGAACCUCCCUCCCAGCAGCCAAAGGCAAAGCAGGUCCCUGCUGGGGGCCCCAAGGGGGACAAGCGCAUCACACGCCAGGCAGCGCUGGCCAGCCCGGACAGAUCCCUGGACAGCAGAGACAGAGCGUCCAUCUGUCCUUGGGAGAGCCUGGACACGGAGCAGCCCCCGGCCAAACCCCGCACUGGGAGCUCAGCACUGCCCAAAGCAGCUCCAGGGAGAUCCCAGAGCUCGGAGAAGGCAGAGAUCUGUCCCUGGGAGACUGAACCCAGCAGCAAAGCCGAGAUCUGUCCCUGGGAGUCUCAGGACUCUAAAUCCAGUGACAAAGCUGAAAUCUGUCCCUGGGAGCUGGCUGAGCCUCAGCUGGAGAAGGGAACAGCCCCAGGAAAGGAGAGACUCCCAGUAAAAGAAAGAAGCAAAGCUGUGGAGAAGGAGAGCAAAGACCGAGAGUCCAUCUGUCCUUGGGAGAGCCUGGACACGGAGCAGCCCCCAGCCAAACCCCGCACUGGGAGCCCAACAGUGCCCAAAGCAGCUCCAGGGAAAUCCCAGAGCUCGGAGAGCCUGAAGGCAGAGAUCUGUCCCUGGGAGAGUCAGGGCUCUAAAUCCAGUGACAAAGCUGAAAUCUGUCCCUGGGAGCUGGCUGAGCCUCAGCUGCAGAAAGGAACAGGCCCUGGAAAGGAGAGACUCCCAGGAAAAGUAGAGACCAAGGCUCUGGAGAAGAGCAGCAAAGACCGAGAGUCCAUCUGUCCUUGGGAGAGCCUGGACACGGAGCAGCCCCCGGCCCAACCCCACACUGGGAGCUCAGCAUUGCCCAAAGCAGCUCCAGGGAAAUCCCAGAGCUCGGAGAAGGCAGAGAUCUGUCCCUGGGAGUCUCAGGACAUUGAAUCCAGCAGCAAAGCUGAAAUCUGUCCCUGGGAGCUGGCUGAGCCUCAGCUGGAGAAGGGAACAGCCCCAGGAAAGCAGAAACUCCCACCAAGAGAAGCCUCCAAAGCUGUGGAGAAGGGGAGCAGAGACCGGGAGUCCAUCUGUCCAUGGGAGAGCCUGGACACGGAGCAGCUGUCCCUGAAAUCUGCAGCGGGGAAGGAGCCAUCCAAGAAAUCCGACAGCACGGAGAGCAGGAAAUCUGAAAUCUGCCCCUGGGAAGCAGCAGAGCCCACGGGGCUGGAGGAGGAAAUCUCCCAGCCAGGUGUGCAGCCACAGGGAGCCCAAAGAGGUUCCCCUGCAGGGAUGGGACAGCCGGGAGCCAGCACCGUGUCUCCAACACUUCUGGAAAAAUCCAGGGGCAGAUCCCACGGGGAGGCUGAGCACAAGCCCCUGCGCCGGCUGCUGCCCAGCAUCCAGCACCCGGGGCGGGGCAGCAGCUCCAGCCCCAGCACUGACCUGGCUGAGGUUUGUCCUUGGGAAGCAGGAGAGGCUCCAGCAGCACCUGCCAAGCCCAGUUUGGGCAUGAGGAAAAGCUCCGAGGUGUGUCCAUGGGAGGAGGAGAGCACGGAGCCUCCCCAGACCCGCCCCGGGCAGGGCAGAGCCCGGGAUGGGCGUGGGGUGUGAGUGGAUCCUGGCACCAGUGGCUCCAUCCAUCCCUCCAUCCCUCCAUCCCUCCAUCCCUCCAUCCAUCCAUCCAUCCAUCCCUCCAUCCAUCCAUCCAUCCAUCCCUCCCUCCAUCCCUCCAUCCAUCCAUCCAUCAUCCGUCCCUCCCUGGAGCUGGAGGCUGCUCCCCCCCAGCUGGACGGGGGGUCUGGGGGUGUGAGGCUCAAGGUCCUGGUUGUGUAAUUUUGUGUAAAUACAGGAAAUAAAUGGAAUUAUCUACAGCGUGUGCGGGAGAGGCUCGCAGUGAGGUGGGCAAGAGCUGGGAGAUCCCCCGGGAAGGGGCUGGAGGGGAAAUCCAGCAGUGGAGGGGGUGAGUGGCAGAGGCUGGAGAGGGGCUGCCUGGGAGGAAAGGCCAUUCUCCCAAAAAAGCCACAUUCCAGCCAGAACCCCCUUUUCAUUCUGAGACAGGGCUGGGGAACGCCAGGUUUGGAGGGAAGGGGCCUCAAAUCCCACCCAGGGACACCUCCCACUGUCCCAGGCUGCUCCAACUGGCCGUGGACACUUCCAGGGACCCAGGGGCAGCCACAGCUUCCCUGGGAAUUCCAUCCCAGCCCCACAGCACCCCCCAGCCAGGAAUUCCUUCCCAAUAUUCCACCUGUCCCUGCCAUUCCCUGAGUCCUGUCCCUCCAUCCCUCUCCACCUUUCCUGCAGCUCCUUCGGGGAAUCCUCAAUGAGGUCACCCCAAAAAUCCCCUUUUCCAUCCUGAACAACCCCAAUCCUCUGCUCCCUCUGGGUUUGGGAAUUCCAUCCCCUCCUGCCCUGAGAUGCCCAGAGGGACCUGAGCUCCCACUCAGCUCCUGAGCGAGGCACAGGCUCCACGGAAAAGAUGUUUUCAGGAACAGAGGGAUUGUGACACCCCUGUGACAUCCCAAAGGACAUGGCAGGGAUUCCACUGCUGGCUCCUCUCCCAGCACGGCACAAAGAGGAGGUCCUGCCCUCCCAAAAGGAACACUGAGGAGCAAAAAGGAGCCACAGCUCCCCUUUUUACAGCUCUGCAAAAUCCCUCUCAAGGAAGAAAUAAGAAUUGCCUGAACUCUCCCACGCUCUGGAAGUGGCUGAGUUAAAAAGCAGGGCAGGAAGGAGGAAAGGGUU